AUGCCAGACGUCAAGAAAUACAAAAUCACCGAGCCAUACCUCCACCUAGGAUGCGGUCUGGGCGAAGGCCCCUUCUGGGAAAAAGAUCGCAACACUCUCCGAUUCGUGGACAUUGUGAAGGAGAAGCUUCAUACCGUCGAUCUUAGUAAAGGACCUUCAUCACACAAGCAAUGGGAUCUGCAGUACUCAAUCGGCACGACUGCCGAUAUCGAGGGUGACGACAAGAAUUUCAUCUUUGGAGGCAAGAGCGGCUAUGGCGUUUUCAACCGCGAGACGGGAGAGCAUCGACUCAUCAAGCAGCAUUGGUCAGAUGCUGAGAGGCAGCCUGAUGGUGGUGGCAAGCCGAAGGCUGGGAAGAAUAAGCAGGAGCGUAUGAGGAGUAAUGAUGGUGCCGUCGAUGCAAAUGGUCGAUACUUUGUAGGGACGAUGAAUGACCCUGCACUUGUUGGACAGGGCUUCACAGAUGAAGGUGUCCUCCUCCGCCUCGACUCCGACCUAAGCCUGCACCGAGUGAAAGAGGGCGUAACAAUCCCCAACGGCAUAUCCUGGACCCUCGACAACAAGCACUGCUACUUCACCGAUUCCCCCAGCGGCAAAAUCAUGAAAUACCCCUACAACCUCUCAACCGGCGAAAUCGACUGGUCCAAUGGCCACGUCUUUUUCGAGUGCCCCAUCGAGGGCGGAGUCCCCGACGGCCACGCUCAGGACGAAGAGGGUUGCCUUUGGGUGGCAUUGUUCGGAACUGGAAAGGUCGUGCGUGUCAACACUUCUGGCGAGAUCGUUGCUGAGGUUGAGGUCCCGACUCGAUGCGUGACUUGCCCUGCUAUUGCUGGUACGGAGCUGUUUAUUACGAGUGCUGAGGAGGAAGAUCCGGAGAAGUAUGCGUGGAGUGCGAAGUAUCAGGGCGAUUUGUUUAGGGUUGAGAUUGGACUGAAGGGGUGUCCGUUGAAUAGGUUCAAGCCUGGAGUUCAGCUAUAG